AUGGUAAGUGAUGUGAAAAGGGGAUUACAAUGGUAUUCAGAGCUUAACUACUUUGGACUGCUUGAGAAAGAAACUAUGGAAUAUUUAUUGAAUAAUAAAAACAUACCGUAUGUGAGGGGACAAGUGAAAGUACGUAAAGAGGGUAAUCCUAUGAGAAUCAUUGUCUCAAUGAGGGAUACAAUGUGUUCAAACUUAGCUAAAUAUUUAACAAAGAUAACUAAAUCAUUAGCAGGUGGAGUUCGUUGUAUUAAAAAUACACAAGAAUUUAUUAAACAGCUUUACAAAUCCAAAAUUAAGAAGAAUUAUUCACUUGCGAGUCUAGAUGUCUCGGAUAUGUUCACUUCAAUUGAUAGAAAUAAAAUGUUGAAAACGUUAGACAAGAUGUUAGACUUAAAUGAAGAUUGGACGAGAGAAAUGCCGUUAAGCAAAGAAAGCUUAAUUCGCUUAUUUGAAUUUUGUAUUGAAAAUGUAAUAUUUCAGUUUCGUGAUAAAAUCUAUUAUCAGUUAAAUGGUCUACCUAUGGGACUUCCUAUAUCGCCAUUUUUAGCUGAUAUUUCUGUCAACGAAUUUUUAGCAAAAUACUGGGACUUUCAAAAAUAUCCAUAUUCUGGGUUAGCUGGAUAUGUUGAUGAUAUAUUUGUGGUGUCAGAACUAUCUGAAAAUCAAAUUAAAUCUUUAGUAUACGAGUUUAAUAAGUUAGAUGAAAAUUUGAAAUUUGAAUAUGAAUACGAGAAAAGUAAUUCUAUAUCUUUCUUAGAUGUGCAAAUCCAUUUUAAUGGAACUAAAUUAUGUUUAGAAACAAAUUGGUUUAAAAAACCAACAGCAAGUAACCGUUUGCUACAUUAUGAGUCUGAUCAUAAUCGGGCAAUGAAGAAAAAUAUUGCUAUAAAUAUGAUUAAGAGAAUUCAGAUAGCAAAUAAUGGAAAUCAUAAUGAUAAUGACAUGCAGAUACUUGUAAAUAUUCUGGUGAAUAGUGGUUAUCCACAUGAUUUAGUAAAGAAAAUUUUUCGAAUGGUGAGAAAACAGAAUAAUGAGGAUAGACGAAUGGUUGAGAAUGGGCAAAAUAGUAAACAGAGUGUUAUUGUUAUUCCUCAUGUUAAUGAAUUGACAGAAAAAUUAAGACAUUGCCUUAAAAAGUUUGGAGUCAAAAUUUAUACAAAACUUAAUCCUAGUAUAGGUGAUAUGGUUAAUAAAGGCAAAAUAGUUGCUCUAAACAAUAUAAAUAAAAAUAAAACUAUUGAAGAAAAAUGUAUAAAAACUGGAGAAUUUGCAGUGUACGGGUUACUAUGUGAAUGUGGUGAUUUAUACACAGGUGAAACCGUAUCAUUAUAUAAAAGAAUUAAACAACAUAAAAUGAAAAUUAAAAAAUUUGAUAUCGAUAAUUCUGAAUUGGUUCAACAUAUCAGUGCUAAUACCGAUUGUGCGAUUAAAUUUGAUGAAAGCGUAAUUUUUGAUAAUGAAAGUAAUUUGUUUCGAAGGAAGAAGUUUGAAAGUGUUUAUUCUACCACCAAUUUAUCGUAUAAUAAGCGUCAAAAGAUUAGUCCGCAAUGGAUAUCUAUGAUUAAGCAGUGGAUUAAACCACGAUCGGGAAAAAUUUUUUUAUCCUAUUGA